AUAGACGGCGGCGACAGACACUGGCGAGACCUGUUUCGCAGAUGGGUUAACCUUUACUUUUUUCUUUCUUUCUUUUUUUUUUUUUUACAUUAAAGUCAUCAUUAUUUCCGCGCGGAAAGUGAGUUAAUCGUGUCAGGAUGUCGGCCCAGGCUCAGAUGAGAGCUUUGCUGGACCAGUUGAUGGGAACGUCGAGGGAUGGUUUCAGUGUAUCUUUGCCAGCCUACAUCUGCAAGGGAGUUGCAGAAAAGCCUCAUGUUCAUCGAGCCGUUUGGGCAAGAAAAGCUUUUCCCUUUAAACUUUUAGAGGCUUGGACCGCAGGAGGGGUACUGAAUGGGAGAAACCUCGCAAUUAUCCAGCAAUUCUGAAUGUGUGCUCACAAGGGUAAUUCUCUUAAAGUGCAAAAUGGCUUUCUGAAACAUGACAUCCCUCCCUGAAACACCUUUAUGCUCUGAGAUGAAUCGAGACAGAGAGUUAAGUUCACAGAUGAACGCGUCUGCAAAUCGCACCUGCUCAACUGCUGCCCGAAUGACAUCCUCUCUGGAACGCGCAUGGACCUUGGAGAAUGCUCUAAGAUUCAUGACCUGGCGCUGAGAGCCGACUAUGAGAUCGCCUCUAAAGAGAGAGACCUGUUCUUUGAACUGGAUGCGGUGGAUCACCUGGAAUCGUUUAUUGCUGACUGCGACCGCAGGACCGAGUUGGCCAAGAAACGUCUCGCUGAGACGCAGGAAGAGAUCAGCGCUGAGGUUGCCCAGAAGGCAGAAAAAGUUCACGAGUUAAACGAGGAGAUCGGGAAACUCCUGGCAAAGGCUGAACAGCUCGGUGCUGAGGGAAAUGUGGACGAAGCCCAGAAAAUUCUACAGGAGGUCGAAAAAGUCCGAAUUAGAAAGAAGGACGCAGAGGAGGAGUACAGGAACUCUAUGCCUGCCUCCAGUUUCCAGCAGCAGAAGUUGCGCGUCUGUGAGGUGUGCUCCGCCUACCUGGGUCUCCAUGACAACGACCGGCGCCUUGCUGACCACUUCGGUGGCAAACUUCACCUGGGCUUCAUCCAGAUCAGAGAGAAGUUGGAGCAGCUGAAGAAAACAGUACAGGAAAAACAGGAGAAGCGAAACCAGGAGCGACUGAAAAGGAGAGAAGAGAGGGAGAAAGAGGAGAAAAUGAAGAAGCAGACGAGAUCACGCAGCCGAGAGCGCAAGAGUUCUCGUGAUCGCGAGCGCAGGCGCAAACGUUCCCGCUCUGCGUCACGAGAGAAGCGGCGUUCUCGCUCUAAAGAGCGCGAUAGACGCCGACGGCACCGAUCCCGCUCCAGAUCCCGCUCACGGCACAGCCGAGAACAGUCACACAAACCUUCACGGGACCGUGAUCGCGAGCGUGACCGCAAGCGCGGUUCAUCUGAGCGGAGAUCAGACGGGCUGAACGGGAGGACAGAAUCUCGCCGCCAUGACGACAGAGAAGCUGGAGAAAUCUGAAUCAUCUCACUCCACAUAACGCCCACAUACAUAAUGCACACUUUUAUAUUUAUCGCAUUGAGCUUCGUACGUGGUAAACUGCCCAUUCCCUGUUUCAUCAAAGUCUUUGUCUUCAAUAUCAAAACUGAACAAAACCUGUUUUAGCCUGUGUCCAUCAAAAUAAAUAGUUUUGAUUUUGUGUGUGUGUGUGGUGUUUUUAGGUAUUGUUUUUUUAUUAGUUUUAUUGUUUGUCCUGAGUGGAUGUGUGCAUGUUGAAGGAAGCUCAUUCUACUUUAAAAGCUGAUCUGAGCUCAGUUUUAAUGACCCUUCUUUAAAUAUAGCUGCAGUAUUCCCCAUAGAAAGAGGCCGUGUCCAUUCACUCACUUUAUAUCUGUAGCAGUGGAGUAGACAUUUAAUUCAUCUAAAGAAAUAAAUCCUUUAUUGCAUAUUGUUUCAGAUUUACAAUGUACAAAAACUUUUGUAAUGCAGUUCUGAUUCAUGUUGUCCUCUUGCAUUAAAUGGUUUUAUGAAUUGAAGUAGUAUUUGAAUGGUCAUUACUGAGGGCUAUUAUCUAACUAUUGAACUCUGGAGGUGUCAAGUCACUUUUACUGUUUUUUCCUUUUUUUUUUUUUUAAUGAAUAAA